UCAGUUAAGCCAUUCAACGCCCUGUACUCAUGCGAACGGUGCGACACUAUGUGGACAGUGGGAGCCCACAGCCCAAAGUACUCGGCGGUCGACCAGUGCCUCCGUUGCCGUCACGACUAUCGGCCCGUAUGUGUGAUUGAUACCAAAGGUACGGCACAUCCCUCUGCAGCGCCAACACUCUUCGCGCACUUCCCGUCCAUCAGGUUUAAGCCGGAGUUCUCGACCUCCUAUUACGGCGAGUAUCAGUGCUCGAGAGGCCGGUGCGGACGGGCCUGGAGUUCGCACCAGUCAUGGCUCGGCUAUCAGCGCCAGUGUCCGGACUGCACCAAAUGGAUAUACCCCUGGCUUCUGCGAACUCACGAGUGGGUGGGCCCGGACUCCCUGUCCACUGGCAAUGUCUUCAAACGUAAGGCCAGGCGUUCGGUCGGUGAACAUCGAUCUGGCUUUUGGGCCCGACUUUGGCUUAUAGUGGCAGUGGUUUUGGUGAUGGCGGCCGUCGCAGCCGUUGUGGUGGCCACCGGUGCUUACGAUCGACUCGUGCCGUAUGUGGCGCCUGUGGUGAAGGAUCUGAUGGCCAAAGUGGACAGCAUUUACGCUAAUUGGGGAUCGGAUUAGGGAUUGAAUGGCCAGUCGUUGUCCGGGCGCUUACUUUUGCCGAUUUGCA